GUGCGAGGGUCAGCCCCUACCCCAGAGAUCUCCCAAUCGCACUGACAAAGGCUGGCUCGGGCCCCGCUUCUCACAGGUGGGGAAACUGAGGCACAGCUGGGCCACCAUCGCCCCCCCACCCCGGAGCUUCAGGGGGAUCCUGCCUCUCCAGCCCUCAUCCUUCCCUUCCCCGCUGCAGGUCCCGGAGCUGCCGGUCCCCCCCACGUCCCCGGAGACGGAGCUGCCUGCCAGGGAGCUCCCGGUGCCCUUGGCUGAGUCCCCUGGGGGCGGCCGUGGGCCCGAGGCCGGCUCUCUGGGGCCGGGGGCCUCGUUCUCGGAGGCUGGCCUGGCAGAGCAGGCUGGGCUCUGGCGGGCGGAGGAGGAGGCCGUGGACUCGGAGCUGGAGCAGCUGUAUCUCUCCCACCUCAGCCGGCUGCGGGCGGAGGAGCUGGGGGGCGCCGGGGGGCGGCCGGGGGGCACGGAGGCGGCCGGCUCCCCCCCGGCCUGGCUGCCUGCCCUGCGCCUGAGCGUGUUGAGCGACCGGGACCUGGUGGUCGGCUGGGCCGGGCCGGAGCGGGCGCUGAACAGCUCCCUGGCCCAGGAGAUCACCCUGCGCUACGCCAGCCCGGCCGCCCGGCUCACCCCGCCUGCCUGCCCGGGGCGGGACAGCCCCCCAGCGCUGCUGGAGGCCGGGCUCCGGGGAGCCGGCCCGGGCGGGGCCCUGCGGCUCCUGGCGCCGGCUGCUGUGGUGGUGCCGGCACGGACAGCUGCCCCGGCGGGGCGGGGCCGGGGGGGCUGGGGAGGGCCGGGGGUGCCCUGGGAGGGGGCGCCCGGCUGCCCCACGCGGCUGGGACAGGCCCUGACCCGUUCCCUGUUCGUUCUGGGCCUCGUGGUCGUCCUGCCCGUGGUCCUCAGCGGCUGCCUGCCGGCCGCGGCCGUCACCCUGUAUGUGGUUCUCACGUGGCGCCAGCCCCCCCUGCUCUAG